AUCCUAAGAAAAAAAACUCACAAGUAAAUUUGAGGCCCAUAAGCCCAACCUAGUCCUUGAAAUUGGCUACAGCAUAGUCCAAGAAAAACACGACAUACAACUACCAUUUCACGGUUAAACUGCCACGUCAUCAACUUUUGUGAAACUUGUAGCCUCAACUAUUCUUCAGACAAAUCUUUAACCAAUUGAAUUUGUCUUUCGCUUCUAAUCUUCGGCUGAAAAAAAAACGAAAUCAAACUUCGCAUAUUCACCUGCGUGAGAUUCACGAUGAUCAUGAUCGCCGACACCGUCACUGUUAUCGCCGCCAAAAGCAUCUGUAUCCUCCGUGGCUAUCAAUUCUCCGUCUCCGAUUCAUCUGCCGAUCAGAUCUCAGCUAUGAUUCACCCUUGCGAUGCGGUGGCGCCACCGCCGGUGAAACCUAGUACACAUAGGACACCGAGGAGGACGCUUACCCGGAGAAAACGACGAACAAGACGGAAGUUGUCCGGCGAUGAUUCUGGAGGGGAGGGAUUAUUCUUCGGUGAUGGCGGUGAUGGUGUUUUUGGAAGUGGAAGUGGAGGUUUUGGUGGCGGCGGUGGUGGAGGUGGUGGUGAUUGGAAUUUUAAUAGAUUUGGAGAGGGAGAUAAUUGGGAUGAACGUUCGUCGUUGCCGGAUCCGGCGUUUGAUUUUGUUUAUCAGGAAGCAAUGCUUGUUGGUGAAGUUUGGGUCUGUUUGCUUCUCUCAAGGUCUCAGGUUCGAUGCCACUAGGUAGGUCAUGCUUGUAUUAGGUCAGUCCAUACGGAACACUGCUCUAGCUUUAAAUGGGUCCUUCUCUAGCGAACUGAGGAAUUGGUCCCUUGAAUUAGUCGGCCUCAGGCACGAUGCCAAGUUUCUAGGAAGCAAUCUGGUUAAGUGUUGAAUUAUUAAUCAUUACUGCAUGAUUUGGGUUAGUUAUAUGUAUUGUGUGCAAGGCAAGGCAAGGCAUUCUCUUUUAUGAGUUAAUUUUUGUCAUAUGUUUGAGAGGAUUGUACCAAAGAGAAGAAAUAGAUUUUUGGAAUUUCCUUGGAUAUGAAUCAUCAGAGCACUAUUUAUCUAUUAGGCCAUUAUUCCUUCAUUGCAUAUGAACCAUUGGAUUUUGAAAGCUGGAGGAAAAAAAUUGGAGACAAUGCAUUCACAAGAUCAUAUUACCUCUUUAACAAAUUUAUUUUCUUGUGCCACUUCAAUGUAUGGGAUUUUUUUAUAUUGUUGAAGGCAAAGAGAAGAAAUAGAUUUUUUUGGACUUUCCUUUGAA